UGGACGCCUGACUCCUCCGCUUCCGGGAAUCCGAGUCCGCGGAGCCGAGCUGUUGCCCCGGGAGAGGGCGGUAAAUUCGACUUCCGCACUGGACCCACCCCUCCGCUCACCCAGCGGCGCUGUGUCCCCUCUCUGAGUACUGUGCCUGGGUUCUCCCCGCGUCUUUCCUUCGCUGGCGCCUGCUGAGUCCGCCCCGCCCUGCAAGGUUCGCGCUGUUUCCAGCCAGGUCCACAACGCGGCUGGUGGCAAGUCCCAGCCUGUUGGCGCAGAGGACGAGCGGAGUCCUUCACGGAGCCUCCAGCCGCUCCCACAGAGAAGCGAGCUGGCCAGGGGACGCAGAGCUUCCAAACUCGGCCUCCCUUGGGCAGAGUAAGUCUCGGCGCUGCGCAGGCGGCGGUGGGAUGGAAAGGAGCGGCCCAGAACGAGGCUAUUGGGGCGGGGGACGCCGCUGAGGACCAAUCAGCGUGAGCCCUGCGGGGGAACUGGCCCAGCGCGGCCCGGAUAAACAGACUGCGCGACCGUCGGACCCGGAGCGGUGUUGCAGCUGGAGACUGCUGUGGCUGCACGGUCCGCCUCUCUGAGGAGCCUCGCCUGAUCGCGCAGGCAUGCAUGAGUGCGUCUCCAUUCACGUGGGCCAGGCGGGGGUGCAGAUGGGCAAUGCCUGCUGGGAGCUCUACUGCCUGGAGCACCACAUCCAGCCAGAUGGCACCAUGCUCAACAAGAAGACUCUGGGGACCAGACAUGACUCCUUCGACACCUUUUUCACUGAGACAGAUUCUGGCAAGCAUGUGCCACGGGUUGUCUUUGUGGAUCUGGAACCUGUGGUCAUAGAUGGGGUAAGAACUGGCACUUACAGGAAGCUCUUCCACCCUGACCAGCUGAUAUCUGGCAAGGAGGAUGCUGCCAACAACUAUGCCUGUGGCCACUACACUGUAGGGAAGGAGAUCAUCGAUGUGGUGAUGGAGCAAAUCCGGAAAGUGACAGACCACUGCAGUGAUCUCCAGGGUUUCCUGAUCUUCAAUAGCUUUGGUGGUGGCACUGGCUCAGGCUUUACCUCCCUGCUGAUGGAGCAGCUUUCUGUAGAAUACAGCAAGAAGUCCAAGUUGGAGUUUGUUAUCUACCCUUCCCCUCGAGUGUCCACAGCAGUCGUAGAACCCUAUAACUCCAUCCUGACUACCCACUCCACCCUGGAACACUCAGACUGUGUCUUCAUGAUGGACAAUGAGGCCACCUUUGAUAUCUGUAACCGCCACCUCGACAUCGAACGCCCUACCUACAGCAACCUCAACCGACUCAUUGGCCAGGUUGUGUCUUCUAUUACAGCCUCCCUGCGUUUUAAUGGCGCACUCAAUGUGGACCUCGCCGACUUCCAGACCAACCUGGUGCCUUAUCCCCGUAUCCACUUCCCCCUGGUGACCUACUCACCCAUUAUCUCAGCCGAGAAGGCCUACCACGAGCAGCUCUCCGUGCCGCAUAUUACCAGUGCCUGCUUUGAGCCUUCCAAUCAGAUGGUCAAGUGUGACCCUUGCCGUGGCAAGUACAUGGCCUGCUGCAUGCUCUAUCGUGGAGAUGUGGUUGCCAAGGAUGUCAAUGCUGCUAUUGCCACUAUCAAGACCAAGCAUACAAUCCAGUUUGUAGAUUGGUGUCCCACAGGUUUCAAGGUUGGCAUCAAUUACCAGCCCCCCACUGUGGUGCCUGGGGGUGACCUUGCCCCAGUGCAGCGGGCAGUCUGCAUGCUGAGCAACACCACAGCCAUUGUUGAGGCCUGGUCCCGCCUCAACCACAAGUUUGACCUCAUGUUUGCCAAGCGGGCAUUUGUGCACUGGUAUGUGGGCGAAGGCAUGGAAGAAACAGACUUCUCUGAAGCUCCAGAAAACCUGGCUGCUCUGGAAAGAGAUUAUGAAGAUGUGGCCAUGGACUUUGUGGAAGAGGAGGUUGGGAGUGAGGAGUACUAGGUGGUCUCCACUCCAGUGAUGCCUGCUUUUCACUCCCCGUCUGUACCACUGCUUCCUUGUUUCCACAAUCCCCUGCACAUACGCCUGUGUCCCCAAUACUGCGGCAUUCUGUGCAGGCACUGGGCCUUCCCCACACCCUUUGGUGUCGCCCUGAGCAGGGGCAGACUGGCCUCUGCCCCCAGGGACCCCAGCUGGCAGUGUGUGAGGAGUGGUGCUGCACCCGGCUGAGAGCAGACCACCUGACACCUGUG